ACGGCAGCUGCUUCCGCGCGACCCGGCGGGCCCUCUUCUGCCGCCGGGAGUCCGCGCUGCCCGCGCCUCAAGUCCGGCGGAGCCCAAAGCGAGCGCCUCGUGCCGGAGCCGGGCGGGGGCCGGGAUGCGGAGCUGUGCGCCUUGAGCCGGCCCCAUGACCCUGAGCACGUUGGCCCGCGAGAGGAAGGCGCCCCCCGCCUGCACCUGGAGCCUCAGUGGCCCCGACAUGAUCCCCUACUUCUCAGCCAACGCGGUCAUCUCGCAGAACGCCAUCAACCAGCUCAUCAGCGAGAGCUUUCUAACGGUCAAAGGUGCUGCCCUUUUUCUGCCACGGGGAAAUGGCUCAUCCACACCAAGAAUCAGCCACAGACGCAAUAAGCAUGCAGGUGACCUCCAACAGCAUCUCCAAGCAAUGUUCAUAUUACUCCGCCCAGAAGACAACAUCAGGCUGGCUGUAAGGCUAGAAAGUACUUACCAGAAUCGAACACGCUAUAUGGUAGUGGUUUCAACUAACGGUAGACAAGACACUGAAGAAAGCAUCGUCCUAGGAAUGGAUUUCUCCUCUAAUGACAGUAGCACUUGUACCAUGGGUUUAGUCCUGCCUCUCUGGAGUGACACCCUAAUUCAUUUGGAUGGUGAUGGUGGGUUCAGCGUAUCAACAGAUAACAGAGUUCACAUAUUCAAACCUGUGUCUGUGCAGGCAAUGUGGUCUGCAUUACAGAGUCUACACAAGGCUUGUGAAGUCGCCAGAAUGCAUAACUACUACCCUGGCAGCCUGUUUCUCACCUGGGUGAGUUAUUACGAGAGCCAUAUCAACUCAGAUCAAUCCUCAGUCAAUGAAUGGAAUGCUAUGCAGGAUGUGCAGUCCCACCGGCCUGACUCUCCAGCUCUUUUCACAGACAUACCAACUGAACGUGAGCGAACAGAAAGGCUAAUUAAAACCAAAUUAAGGGAGAUUAUGAUGCAGAAGGAUUUGGAGAAUAUCACAUCCAAAGAGAUACGAACUGAAUUGGAAAUGCAAAUGGUGUGCAACUUGCGAGAAUUCAAGGAAUUUAUAGAUAAUGAAAUGAUAGUGAUCCUUGGUCAGAUGGAUAGCCCUACACAGAUAUUUGAGCACGUGUUCUUGGGCUCGGAAUGGAAUGCCUCUAACUUAGAGGAUUUACAGAACCGAGGGGUGCGAUAUAUCUUGAAUGUCACUCGAGAGAUAGAUAACUUCUUCCCAGGAGUCUUUGAGUAUCACAACAUUCGGGUAUAUGACGAAGAGGCAACGGAUCUCCUGGCUUACUGGAAUGACACUUACAAAUUCAUCUCUAAAGCAAAGAAACAUGGAUCUAAAUGCCUUGUGCACUGCAAAAUGGGGGUGAGUCGCUCAGCCUCCACUGUGAUUGCCUAUGCGAUGAAGGAGUAUGGCUGGAAUCUGGACCGAGCCUAUGACUACGUGAAGGAAAGACGAACAGUGACCAAGCCCAACCCCAGCUUCAUGAGACAGCUGGAAGAGUACCAGGGGAUCUUGCUGGCAAGCAAACAGCGGCAUAACAAGCUCUGGCGAUCUCAUUCAGAUAGUGACCUCUCGGACCACCACGAACCCAUCUGCAAAGCAGGACUAGAACUCAACAAGAAGGAGAUCACCACCUCAGCAGACCAGAUUGCCGAGGUCAAGACCAUGGAGAGUCACCCACCCAUACCUCCCGUCUUCGUGGAACAUGUCGUCCCACAGGAUGAAAAUCAGAAAGGCCUGUGUACCAAAGAAAGAAUGAUCUGCUUGGAGUUUACUUCUAGGGAAUUUCAUGCCGGACAGAUUGAAGAUGAAUUAAACCUAAAUGACAUCAAUGGAUGCUCAUCAGGGUGUUGUCUCAAUGAAUCAAAAUUCCCUCUUGACAACUGCCAUGCAUCCAAAGCCUUAAUCCAACCUGGACAGGACCCAGAAAUGGCCAACAAGUUCCCAGACUUAACAGUGGAAGAUUUGGAGACAGACGCACUGAAAGCAGACAUGAACGUCCACUUACUGCCCAUGGAAGAAUUGACAUCCCGCCUGAAAGAUCUCCCCAUGUCCCCUGAUCCUGACUCACCGAGCCCCCAACCCAGUUGCCAGGCUGAAGUCUCAGAUUUCAGUACAGAUCGCAUUGACUUUUUUAGCGCGCUAGAGAAGUUUGUAGAGCUUUCCCAAGAAACCCGGGCCCGAUCUUUUUCUCACUCAAGGAUGGAGGAACUGGGUGGAGGAAGGAGCGAGAGCUGUCGACUGUCAGUGGUCGAAGUAGCCCCUUCCGAAGCGACCGCUGAUGACCAGAGAAGCAGCUCUCUGAGUAAUACUCCCCAUGCAUCUGAAGAAUCUUCAAUAGAUGAGGAACAGUCAAAGGCAAUCUCAGAACUGGUCAGUCCAGACAUCUUCAUGCAGUCUCACUCAGAAAAUGCAAUUUCAGUCAAAGAAAUCGUCACUGAGAUUGAAUCCAUCAGUCAAGGAGUUGGACAGAUUCAAGUGAAAGGCGACAUCCUAGCCAUUCCAUGCCAUACACCAAAGAAGCACAUCGUCCAUGAGCUGCCCCUUGAGAGGGCCCAAGCCGCAGAGAACAAACCUGGAAAUCUGGAGCAGAGUGGAGUUUCCUGCACAGCCCAGCCUGAACUAGCCAAAGACUCAGGGAAGUGGGAGCCAGAAGGGUGCCCAGUGGCACACUCAUCCACCACAGCGUUGGAAGAAGAGGAACCAGCUGAGGGGGAACCAGAGCUCUGGGGCCCAGGGAUGCCCCCGGGUGCCAAGUGGUGCCCCGGGUCCGUGAGGCGAGCCACCUUGGAGUUUGAGGAGCGCUUGCGGCAGGAGCAGGAGCAGUACGGUGCUGCCCCUGCUUGUGCCUCGUUGUCCACUCGUAAGAAUUCCAAGAAUGAUUCUUCUUCUGUGGCAGAUGUGGCAUCAAAAGGGAGGAGUGAUGAAGCCACCCUAGAACAUGCAUUUGUCCCCAGGGAACCAGAGACGAGCAAGGGCAAAGGGAAAUGCAGUGGGUCUGAGGCUGGCUCCCUACCCCAUUCUGAGCAGCAUGCCAUCGUUCCAGCACCCGAGCUGCCGGAGUCUCACCCGUUGCCAGCUCCUCAGAAGUGCCCAGGGUCAGGUCCCAGAACACAGCAGGAAGGAGUCCUGAAGGAGCAGAGGACUUCGGUCUCAUGCCAGGGACCUGAGACACCAGCAGUCCCUCUGCCUCUUCCCAAGAAGAUAGAAAUCGUUGAAUACACCCACACAGUCACGACACCUGAUCACGGGCCAGAGGGGGAAACAGCCACCAGCGAAAAGAGUGGGGAGCAGGGACUGAGGAAAGUGAAAGUGGAGGAGUCCGUUACUGUCCUCUGUGCACUGGAUGAAAAUCUGAACCGGACACUGAGCCCCGACCAGGCUUCUCUGCACCCCAGAGCGCUACCUCUGCCUCACUCUUCCUCUCCCGAGCCUGAGCACGGCAGGCCCGCCCACCCAGCCCCCACCCUGAGCAGCCCUGGAGACGGGGGCAACAGCCCAGCAGCUGCCCUGGAGACGGCAGCGCCUUCUGUCAGUCACUCAGCCCACGUACUUGGUGCCAGCUUGGCUUACCUGCAUCCCCAGACGGUGGUUCACCUGGAAGGCUUCACAGAGCAAAGCAGCACCACAGACAAUGAGCCCUCUGCGGAGAAGGGCAGCUGGGAGGAAAGUCAGGAGGGCCCCCUCUCCAGGGGCAGUGGAGUGCCAUAUCAGGGCUCCCAGGUAAGUAGCGAAGACCUGUGUUUAAUUAGCAGACUCGGUGACAGUGUUGGGGAGCAGCAAGAAAAACUGGACCCAUCACCUGUAGCCUGUCAGCUCCCACACAGCCCUAGUAGUGACGGUAUAAAGGGUCUCAGUCACAGCCCCAGUGGGGUGAAGGAACGCGCUAAAGAAAUCGAGUCCCAAGAGAUUUCCCAGGUAGGGCUCCCCAAACCAUCGCAAAUGAGGCAUUCAGCUUCCCUCGCCAAGUUAGGUUACCUGGACCUCUGUAAAGACUGUUUACCGGAGAGGGGGCCUAUCUGCUCUGAGUCCCCUCAUCUCAAACUGCUUCAGCCCUUCCUCAGAAUGGGCUCGGGAAUGGAGGCCCAGGAGCCCCCAGAAAACCCAGAUGCUCCCCAGAACCUAGAGCCCACCAAGUGGUUCAUAGAGCAACUCAAAACAACAGAGUGUAUCGCACAGAGCAAGCCGGUGGAGAGGCCCCUUGUACAGUAUGCCAAAGAAUUUGGUUCCAGUCAGCAGUGUUUGCUCCCCAGGGCAGGACCUGAAUUGACUAGUUCUGAAGGAGGCCUUCCUUUGGUACAGACCCAGGGACUGCAGGGUGCAGGCCCAGCUCCAGGGCUGGCUGUAGUGCCCCGUCAGCAGCACGGCAGAACUCACCCCCUAAGGAGACUGAAAAAAGCAAAUGAUAAAAAACGGACAACCAACCCCUUCUAUAAUACCAUGUGAUUCUGAGCCUCUACAUGUGACUUUCUGAAAGAAAUGUUUGUAAAAGGGGCAGGUGUAAUAUGUAAGGAACAUGCACUUUAUUGGUUAAUUUUAUAAUACUUUGGUCAUUUUACUGUUCCUGGCGCAUGCAGGGUUUGGUUUUUUUCCUCUGUGUGUGUGAGAGAGAGAGAGAGUUUGAUUUGGACGGCAAGACCAUUUUACCAUUUUUUAUUUUUGGAAAAUGCAAACCUCAAAGAAUACUCAUUUUCAAAGAACACCUUUAUCAAAGGCAAAUUGCUGUUUUUCAGUCUACUGCCACCUGCUCCUCAUUUUGCCCCCUGAGGGAAGGCAUGCUUGCUUGAUUGAGGAAGGAAGCAGAUGGGGAAAGUGGGGUUGAAGCUGGGAAUUGGAAAUGCUGCCCCAGGCCUGUGUGAUGAUGGUUAGGUCUCCAGACCUGAUGCAUUGGAUUCACUGAAGGGGGCAGCCCAACAUCAGCAUGCUCUCAGACUUGGUCCCCAGCCCCUUGGAGUUGCCGAAAUGGGCAGGUUCUGCUUUGCUCUCAAAGAGGGUCUUCCAGAAUUCAUUUCUCCUGGUCUCCAGAGUGUAUCAUUACAAAAAGGCAUGAUAAUUGGCUGGCUUUGUAAACUUAUCAAGCAAAUACUUUUUUACCCCAAGCAAAGAAUUUUAUUAAAUUUAAAAUGAACUCCAAAGGAUUUCUGAGAGGUCCUCUCUAGAGGAAAGCAGAAGAAGAGAAGGAGGUGAAAUUGGGGGUGGAGAGGCCACCACUGCCCAGUAUCUUCCAGGUGGACGGGCUCCACACAGGUGGUCAUCCUACCCCACCCCACCCCCCAUCCCCUGGAAAUGUGCCCUGCAGCAUUCUCCCAACUAAAACACAAUAGGGACAAGUUUGAAAAACAGCAAUUAAAAGUCAGUGUGUUCUUGUAAAGUGAAUACAUAUGUAGGGUUUUAACCCUUUCGUUACUUGAAUAAUUCUGUGGGCCUUCUAAGUUUAAUGGCCAUAUUUUUUCCAAUUUAUUUUCCUCCCUCAUGCUGUUUCUCCCAGUGCUGCCUAUUUUUUUUAAUUUUGUAGGUAUUUGAAUUGUUACAUUACAUAUGUAUAACCUCCAUUGAAUGCAAAGUUUUCUUUUUAAUAUUAUCACUGUUAACACUUGACAUAAGUUUUUUUUUUCUUUUUCCUGGAAGAUUUGUCAUUUCUCUAGUUUAUACACAAUACUUAUGUACAUAAUGUUGUCACUUUCUUACAUUGUUUUGUUGUUAAUGUUGUAUGUUGUAGGGUCUUUUUGACUUAUCCAUUUUAAGAAAUAGUAAAGCUGCAACUGGAAAACAUACGGACACCACAGAAAUAAGACUGAUGGGUGUUGGUAGGAAUCUGCAGAGUAUAUAUUGAUGGUGGUUUUUUUUAAAAUGGAGACUUCUAAUCACCAGCUCCUGCCAAAUUAUGCGUUAGUAACUUCCUCCUCAGAGAAACCCCUAAAGGCUCCCAUUAGAUCACAGUUUGACUGAAGGCUAAUUUCUCUUUGAGACUGAAAUCCCAGAACGUUGUUCACCACUAGCUGAACCAGAGCCAGGGAGUAUAUGUGAGUGUUACCGCUGCCCAGGGUGGAAGCUCCUAAUGGAUUAGGCUGAAGGGCUGCAGGGAGGCCUCGGCCAAGGGCAGGCACCCUUAAAUGACCGCGUUUAGGAUGCUGUUGCUUUGCUGCUAUUGUGGAGGUCCUUAACACAGGAGCACCUGCCGUAAACAAGCCUAUUUCAGCUUCUUACAGAAAACAUAUUUAGCUUGGGAUGGAACACCACUGCAGCUCAUCAAAACUGAAGAGGUUUGCAAAUUUGCUUCCUGUUUGCUUUGGUGGUUGUCCCCAUUGCUGAGAGGUUGACCGAGCACAGACCUAAGAUUUAGGUUUGGGGUUCAUCACAGCACUUAGAGGAUAAAGAUGCACAGACUGUCAAAGUGAUGUCAGAGGCCAGAGUUCGAUGAGGACAGGUGGUAUGGUGACCCAAAGGAGAGAGAAAAGGUGGACUGAGGCCACUCGUACGUGUUCAAGAGGAGCUGUGAAUCCAGUUGCCGGGUGGAGGCCGUAGUUGGGUCUGACAUCACUGCCAGGAGGCAGAUUGGACAGAAACCUCCUGCUCUUAAGUGUUUUUAUGGUGUAGUAAUGAUAUGUACCUGUGCUGUCCCUAAAUAGUUUCCUUAAAUGUUCAAAUGUGUCAUCCACACAGCUUUGUGGCUCCAGGAUAUUUAAUGUGUUGUAAAAUGUUUUACUAGGUGGCAUGUUCCAGUGUGAGGAGGCUUGCAGGACAGGGUUAUGAAUUUCCAGGGCUCAUCCAUCUAAACUGCCCUUUCUUGUUGAGGCAGUUCCAUCACCAAUAUGUUGGCGAAAGGAGAGGAAACUGUGGCAGGGGUGGGAAGAGGAGGCUUUGCAUGGAGGUUAAGAGAGUAGCGUCCACUCAGUUAAUCCCUUGAGAUGGUGACAUCCCUCACAUUAAGAAGUACACACAGGGUCGACAGUGUUGCACUGUUCUCUCUUCUUUUCCCGGCCACUGUGUUUAAUGCUCACUCUCACUGCAUUAAAGAACAACAAAGAUUGGGAGUGGGGGAACCUCAAAUGCUGUGAAGAAAAACAAAACCUUUUUUUUUUUUUUAAA